AUCUUCAGGCAGGGCCCGUUUCCGUGGUAUUCUCACAGAAUGGUGACGGUUGGCGGCCCAUUACGCGGUCUAUUUUGUGGAAACCCCGUGUGUCCGUUUAAACAGUACUAGUAGUACAUAAACAAUGGCAGCAAUAGCCCUUUUUGUUGUUCUUGGUCCGCCCUGUUUUUUCGCCCCACCCCAUAACUCUCUCUCUCUCCCCAACCCCAUAACUCUCUCUCUCUCUCUCUAUCUCUCUCUCCAACGGAAACGAGAUCUGAGGCGCUCAAAGACAGUUAAUGGCUAGGUUAUGGUCCUAAACAUAGAGGGAGAAAACGCAUUCUAACACACAAAUACAUACACACACAAAACAUAGAUACGGGAGUUGGUGGAGUUGCAACGAUGUGGAGAUCAUCGUGUAGUAUUUUGUUGAAGCAGAGCAUGGCCGCUGCGGUCCGUUACAGGCCGAAGCCGCCGUUAGGGUUCAGGACUCCGUUCGGAGCCUGUGGUUGCCUUUCCGCCGCCAAAUCGGCGGCGCCAUUCUCGUCCGGCGGUGGAGGAGGCGGAGGCGGAGGGGGAGGAGGAGAGGAGGGGAUAUCGUACGGGGAGGCGAAGAAGCUGAUGAGACUGGUGAAUGUGGAGGCGUUGAAGAUGAAGUUGUUGGGGACGGAGGGGAAGGAGGUGAUUUGCUAUUCGGAGCUUCUGGAGGCGUGCGAGAGCUUGGGGGUUGCGAAAUCGAGGGACGAGGCGGUGGCGUUUGCGAGGAUUCUGGAUGAGGCUGGGGUUGUGCUUUUGUUCAGAGAUAAGGUCUAUCUUCAUCCCGAUAAGGUGGUGGAUCUGGUUAGAAGAGCAGUGCCCCUUGCUCUCACACCUGAUGAUGACCCCAUGAGGGACGAGCUGCGGCAGCUUCAGGAGAGUAAAGAAAAAAUUGACAUGCUGGCACAUAAGCAGGUCAGACGUAUCCUGUGGUCAGGGCUAGGGUUAGCCAUCGUACAGGUUGGCCUCUUCUUCCGCCUGACAUUUUGGGAAUUCUCGUGGGAUAUUAUGGAGCCUAUUGCAUUUUUCACCACCACCACCGGCAUAGUCAUAGGUUAUGCCUAUUUCAUGUUUACGUCAAGAGACCCUACUUACCAAGACUUCAUGAAGAGGCUUUUUCUGUCUCGUCAGAGGAAGCUCAUCAAGAGGCAGAAUUUUGAUGUCAACAGGUUCAUUGAGUUACGGAAGAAGUGCAAGUGUCCCCUAGAUCAUCACACUGCCUUUGUGAAACAAAGGAUAGGGGUGGAAUUGGAUCCGGAAGAUGCGUUACAUUAGGUUUUGGAACGAAAGUUCUUGUUUUUUGACAUUUUCGUUAAGGCUGUACUUGGAUCAAGUAUUUAGAAGAGGGAAAGGAAAAGUUGCAGAUCUAACCUUUGUGAGCUGUUAGAUCUUAAACUUUUCUGUCUCACUUGUCUUUUCCUUUUCCAAAUCAUUGAUCCAAAUAUAACCUAAGUUUUACCGUAUAGUCAUCAUCACCCAACCCCCCUCCUAUUAUCUGAGGGGGCCAAAUAUAUGUUUCGGACCAUCCACUGGCAUCCUAACACCGCGUUUCAAACUUCCAUCCAUGAACUAUACUUUACUGAACUGGGAGAUGGGCCAGUAUUCAUAGGUUAAAAUUUUACUCUGACCGAGAUAUGACAAUCUUACUUGAUCCGUGAAAUGUGUUCAAUUGAGUACAGACUCUCAUGAAAUGUUAAACUGGGAACUAUAUGCGAUUUGGCAAUGGGAAACUCUGUUACUGAGUAA